UCGUCUGCUGCUUGUUUACUGAAUUAUUAUUGUACCUGUACAUACCUACUGACAUAUAAAAACUAAAUUAAAAUGUCACUUAUUUUUCGUGCCAUCGCCGUACCUAGAAGUAUUCAACGGCUUUUAUCCAGCAAUUCAAUCAAGUUUAGUUUCGAUUUGCCCGUGAGUGCAACAAAUGGCAUCAGCUGUAGGUGUCAGAUCUUACAGACUAACGCAGGUAAAUCGUACCAAAGAGACUAUUCGACAAAAAGUACUGCUCCAAAAACAGUCACCACAAGCAAUGAUGAAGUCAACGACAGAGAAAUCGUGUAUACAGGAUUGCUCACACCGACUAUCCGUCGAUUAAAACUAUUCACGUUAUGUACAUCGACUUUUGGACUUGGCAUGCAACCAAUGCUCUACAAUAAGAUAUUACUUGCUGGGGAAGUCUCUGCUAUUACUUUGCCACUAUUUGGCUGCAUAGCUGUUUUAGCUCUUUCGACUCCAUUACUUCUUCACGUUGUUACAAAAAGAUAUAUAACGUCUGUCGAGUAUGAUAACAAAAAUAACAAGUACUUCGCCACUACCUACACGCUAUUUGUUCGAAAAAAUCUUAUCGAGUUUACACCUGAUGAUGUUACUUCACCAACUAUGCAAGGAAUGUUCUCCAACUGUCUGAUAAAGGGAAAACCUGCGUUUUUAGAUGCCACGCAUUUUACUGAUCAAAGCCAUUAUGUAAAGAUCAUGGGAUACGACAAGCCAUUGGAUUAUCAAGUAGAAGACAACCUAGUGGAUAGUGAUGACGAAGAUUGGUCAAAAAAUAACAAAAAAGCUAAAUAAUUUUAUUAGAUGUUUUUAUUAUUACUGUUUAUUAUUUUGCCUUAUGCAUUUUAUGUACUAGCGGAAGUUACAACGAGGUGUACUUACAAAGUAUAUACAUUAUACCAAAUUGAAAUGAAAGGUAAUUUUUGUCGAUUGCUCAUACCUUAUUUAAAAACAUCAAUUAAGAAAUAACAGUAUAUUGAUUUUGAAAAAAAUAAAAAAGUUUAAAGUUUGUCCAAGAAGGAAAAGUUUAUAAAACAAUCGAAUAACUUGAUAAGUAUGUUACAAUAAAAUCAAUAUGUACAUAA